AUGGCCGAAUCCAUCGCAGCAGACUACCUCGUCAUUGGCGCCGGGGCCAUGGGAAUGGCCUUUGUCGAUACACUGCUUUCCGAAACAACCGACAAGAAGAUCAUCAUGCUUGACCGGCGUGCUCGACCCGGUGGGCAUUGGCUUGUUGCUUACCCCUUUGUGCGACUCCAUCAACCGGCAGCAUUUUAUGGAGUCAACUCACGGCCUCUUGACAAUGGCGCAAUUGAUCAAGUCGGCUGGAACAAAGGACUCUCCGAGCUUUCAUCUCGCGAUGCCGUGGUGUCUUACUUUGAUCUCGUCAUGAUGGAGACAUUCUUGCCUUCUGGACGGGUGGAGUUCUUCCCAAAGCAUGAAUAUGUCGGCGAAGGUGAAUUCCGGUCACUUCUCACCAAGAAGAGCUACAAAGUCGGAGCAGAAACCACCAUCGUGGAUGCAACGUACAGCAGAACAUCAGUUCCUUCCAUGAGACCCCCGCCAUACGAAGUCGCGAAAGGCGUUGAUCUCGUUACGCCCAAUGGUCUCCCUGACAUCACGCGAGGCUACGCAAACUAUACCGUCGUCGGAGCAGGAAAGACAGGCAUCGACACCUGUCUCUGGCUCCUGGAAAACGACAUCAAACCAUCCGAAAUCACCUGGAUCAUGCCCCGCGACUCCUUCUACCUCGAACGAGAGUCCUUCCAACCAGCCAGCCGAGAUCCCGAAAAAGCCCUCGCCAGACUCCAAGCCACAUGGCAAAGCACAAUGGCCGCAACAAGCGUCGACCACUUCCUCCAACUCCAACUCGACCACCACCUCCUCCACCGUCUCAACGAAACCGUCUGGCCCACAAUGUACCACUGCGCCUCCGUCUCCCUCCUGGAACUCGACGCCAUCCGAAAAAUCCCAACCAUAAUCCGCAAAGGCCGCAUCACGAAAAUCUCCCCCGAAAAAGUCUCCCUCCAAAACGGAUCUUACAUCCCAAACCCAGACACCCUCUACAUCGACUGCUCCGCCAGCGCAAUCGCCAAAACGCCCCCCAUCCCAAUCUUCCAGACCAAAAAAAUCACCCUCCAACCCAUCCGUUUCUGCCAACAAACUUUCUCCGCAGCUCUAAUCGCCCACAUCGAAGCCACAACCUAUCCUCCCUGCUCCUCCUUAGAAAAGAAAAACUCCCUCGCAAAACCCAUCCCCAUGCCCAACGACGCCAUCGACAACGUUUUAGUCUCUCUACAAUCGAAUCUCAAUCAAUUAGCCUGGGGCGGAGAAAGUUCCAUCCGGAAGUUCUUGAAGAAUUCGAGAUUGGAUUAUUUCGGGAAUAUUUUUCCGCAGCCGGCCCCCGAGGGGGCGAUGGAGUUUGCGAGGCGGAUGGGGGAGCAGAUGGUGAUGAUGAGUCGGAAGUUGUGGGGACUUUUGGAAGGCUUUUCGAGCCUAUCUUGCGCCUAG